AUGGCAUCUAAAAGCUCUCUACCUGAAGAGGAUUUCACCUGUCCUGUUUGCUUUGACAUUUUCAAGGAUCCCGUCCUUCUUUUGUGCAGUCACAGCUUCUGCAAAGACUGCCUUCAGAAGUUCUGGAGAGAGAAGAAAUCUAAAGAGUGUCCAGUUUGUAGAAGACAAUCUUCAUUGGACAAUCCGCCACUGAAUUUGUCUUUGAAGAACGUAUGUGAGUCUUUCCUGAAGGAGAAGAGUCAGAGGGCUUCAGGAGGGUCUGAAGUGCUCUGCAGUCUGCACGGUGAGAGACUCAAGCUGUUCUGUCUGGAGGAUAAACAGCCCAUAUGUCUGGUGUUUCAGGCUUCCAGGAAACACUCAGGACACCAGUUCCUUCCCAUAGAUGAAGCUGCACUCGAUUAUAAAAAACAACUCAAGGCUGUACUGAAGCCCUUGCAAAAGAAACUGAACCAAUUCAAAGGAGUUCAAAAAACAUGUGACCGAACAGCCAGUCACAUUAAGGUCCAGGCCCAUCAGUCAGAGAAGCAGAUCAAGGAGGAGUUUGAGAAGCUUCAUCAGUUUCUGAAAGAUGAAGAGGAGGCCAGAAUAAGAGCACUGAAGGAGGAAGAGGAGCAGAAGAGUUUGAUUAUGAAAGAGAAGAUUGAAGAAUUGAGCAAGGACAUGUCCACUCUUUCAGAUACAAUAACAGCCAUUAAGAAGCAGAUGGUUGCUGAAGACAUAAUCUUCUUACAGCAAAAACCACAGGGAGUUUCAGGAUCUCUGAUUGAUGUGGCAAAGCACCUGGGCAACCUGAGGUUCAGAGUAUGGGAGAAGAUGAAGGACAUAGUUCAGUUCACUCCUGUAGUGUUGGACCCAAACACUGCAGACUCAUUGCUCAUCAUUUCUGAGGAUCUGACCAGCUUUAAAAGGACAUUAACUAGACAGACACUCCCUGAUAAUCCAGAAAGAUUAGAUGACUAUCGCUGUGUCGUGGGCUCUGAGGGCUUCAACUCAGGGUCACACUACUGGGAUGUUGAAGUUGGAGACAGUACAGCAUGGUGUGUGGGUGUGACCACAGAGUCCAACCAGAGGAAGAGGGGCACCAUCACAUGGGAGAGAUUGUUGUGUGUGGGGUAUGGGGGGUGUUAUAGAGGACCUGUGCACGUAUUGGAACAGAAUCUCCACACACUCAGAGUGCAUCUGGAUUUGGAUAAAGGACAGCUGUCAUUCUCUGAUCCUCUACAAAAUACACACAUACACACUUUCAAACACACAUUCACUGAGAAAGUCCUUCCCUUCUUCUGCAGCCCCAGGCCACCACUGAGUAUUUUACCACUGAAGCCCUCGGUGACCAUUGAACAACGCAGACUAUGUUGA